CUUCCAUUAACUACAACAACAACAGACUUUCCCUUAAACAACCUAUCUUCACUGAAAUCAAGAAGAAAUGGGGGGCAAGUCCGCAACCAAGACCGCUUACUUUGAGAAGCUGCGUACUCUUCUCAACAAGUACAGCACCAUCUUCAUCGUCGGAGUUGACAAUGUCAGCUCCCAGCAGAUGCACGAGAUCCGUAUCUCCCUCCGUGGAGAGGCCGUCGUCCUGAUGGGUAAGAACACCAUGGUUCGUCGUGCCCUUAAGGGUUUCGUCACUGAGAACCCCGAGUGGGAGCGUCUCCUCCCCCACGUCCGUGGCAACGUUGGUUUCAUCUUCACCAACGGUGACCUCAAGGCCACCAAGGAGAAGAUCCUUGCCAACCGUGUCGCUGCUCCCGCUCGUGCCGGUGCCGUCGCCCCCGAUGAUGUCUGGAUCCCCGGUGGUAACACUGGUAUGGAGCCCGGUAAGACCGCCUUCUUCCAGGCUCUCGGUGUCCCCACCAAGAUUGCCCGUGGUACCAUUGAGAUUGUUUCCGACCUCAAGCUCGUUGAGGCUGGCAGCAAGGUCGGUGCCUCCGAGGCUACCCUCCUUAACCUGCUGAACAUCUCUCCGUUCACCUACGGUAUGGCCAUCACCCAGGUCUACGAGAACGGCCAGUGCUUCAGCGCCGACGUUCUUGACAUCACCGAUGAGCAGCUGCUAUCUCCACCAUCACUGCUGUCUCCCUGGCUGCCAACCUCCCCCACCCUUCCCUCCGUUAUCCACUCCCUCAUCAACGGAUACAAGAAGGUUCUCGCUGCUGCCAUCAGCACCGACUACAGCUGGGCCGAGAUUGAUGAUCUCAAGGACCGCAUCGCUAACCCCGAUGCGUACGCCUCUGCUGCCCCUGCUGCCGCUGCCGCCGCCACUUCCGGUGGUGACGCCCCUGCCGCCGCAGCUCCCGCUGAGGACGAGGAGGAGUCCGAUGAGGACAUGGGCUUCGGUCUCUUCGACUAA